AUGGUUGGUCCGACUGUCACGGCCGAUAUCGAAAACGAUGCCUGCGAACGAAUCGUCGUUUCUGGGACACCGUACGAACGAGGCCUCUCCCACGGCCAACAAGCCAACGCAAAGAUCAACACCAACGUCCAAAGAUACAAGACCUCAUCAUCGCUGCCCCCAAGAGCGACAUGCCAGGCGUAUAUACAAGACCAUUACCUCCCAGCCGUUCGAAAGUACUUCAACGUCGGGCUCGAGGAAAUGCAAGGCAUAGCAGAUGGUGCCGGCAUAUCGUUAGAAGAUGUGCUUCUGCUAAACGCACGAUACGAUCUCGCUCGAGCGACGGGUCACCGUGUGGGCGAGUGCACGAGCAUGGCGUAUCAUGGGCCAGACGGGACGGCAUAUGUGGCGCAGAAUUGGGAUAUGUCUUCGUGGCUUUACGAUCUGAAUACUAUCAUCGUUCUGGAGAGCCAUUGCACGGCUUCCGAAGGACGACCAGAGUUCGUACACAUCGCUCUUACCGAGGCUGGACAACUUGCUCGCUCGGGGAUGAACUCGGCAGGGCUGGGACUUUGUGCGAAUUCACUUUGGGCGAAAGAGGACUCUGAUCCUGAGGGGCCGGUGUUGCCUUUCACUUUGGCUAGGAGGAUGUUCUUGGAAUGUCAAAACCUUGCUGAAGGGAUUAAGACCUUGUGCACGUUUCCACGGCAUGUGUCUGGGAAUGUCGUCGCUGCAUCGCCUGAACUGGCUGUGGAUCUCGAGCUGACGCCGUCGAGGUCUUUUACGAUACAUCAGCAGCCUAUUAUCAGCGCUGGAGAGGAUUGCGGACUUCUAGUCACGCAUGCGAAUCAUUUCGUCACUCCCGCUGCAGUCGAGGGCUCUGCUGUUCAAGAUACCUAUCCCGGAGGCUCAUCACUCUUCCGUGAUGUUGGACUCCGACGACUGCUCACCACGUCUGCAGCCAAAAGGCGGCAACGAGAUCCUUCGAAGCAAGUCUUCGCCCUACAGCACGUAACAGUCCCGCCUGCUACACCUCCCAACGAACUCACUCCACCCACGAUGGACCUGACCGUCGACGACCUAAAGUCAGCAUUUUCAGACCACGCCUCGUUCCCACGAUCGAUCUGUGAGCAUGUCGAUAAAGGGUCAAGGCCGUCCUUAGGAGCAGCGAGCACGAUUGGAGGAAGUCCAACCAUGACGGUCGCCUGUGUGAUCUAUGACAUGCAGAAGUUGGAGAUGCAUGUUUGUAAAGGGAAUCCUUGCCAGGCGAGGAGGUGGCAGACGUAUAGUUUCCAUGCUUGUUGA